CGUUAUCAGUAUCUGCUUGUUUGCAUUACUAAUACGUUUCUUGUUGUUGUGAAAAUACAGUAAUAAAAUAAGGCAUGUGAAUAAUGCCUGUCCAUAAAAUGUUUCAAAAACAUGGGGACAUUUUACGUCUGCAAGUUUGUUAUUUACUGGUUGCCGGCUUUUGGGCGCAAAACUCCUCGCAACCAACCCAACCAAAACCCAACCAACACACAGUCCAUGUCCGUUGGGGUAGAGUUACGCGCUUGUGCCGUGUUUAUGAUAAUACUCGUUCGCUGGGAAACCCCCGAAAAUGCCACCGAAGAAACGUGAAAAAGACGCGGACGCGUCGAAAAACCCUCGCAUGGAUCACAUUCAGGCCGAUCAUGAGCUCUUCCUUCAGGCAUUCGAGAAACCGACUCAAAUUUACCGAUAUCUACGUACUAGAAACAUGUGUUCACCAAUAUUUCUCAAUCGGACCCUCACAUACAUGAAACAUAGAAUGUCAAGAAGUCACAAGAAACGCGCCACAUUUAAAGUAGAUUCCCUCUAUGAUCAAGUGAAGACAAAGAACAAAGACUUUCUUAACAUACUGCCAGGCUUCAUGAAUCUCACCUUUCUGGGCUUUUAUGAUAAAAACAUUGAUGCCAGCAUCAAACAAGUACAAAUUGAAACAGUCCUGUUCAAGAUUAGUCAUAAGAAGAGAAAAGACAGUUCGUCUCCGUUAAUGGAGGCAUCCUUUGGCCUAUGUGAUGUCGAUGUGAACCCGCCGCACAAUAAUUUGCCGCCGAUGGCACCAUCAGUCAGUGUUCCAUCCGAAGCAUUUACAAUUUCGGCGGAUUCUUUAGCCAAAUCAUAUGUUUUACUGCUCAAAGUACAACACAGUAUUAAAAGCGACGCCAAUUGUGAGGAUGACGAGCCCGCGGCCAAGAAGCGCAAAUCUCUAACCAACGGAACGCUUGAAAAGAAUUCAAAUUCAAACAACACGGAAAUGAAACUCUAUGUUUCAGAGCUUGUAGUGUAUGAUAAACACAGCAGGUGUUUAUUAUCAGAUGCAGACUAUGAGCUGAUGCUACAAGAAGUGAAGGGCAACUGUAAUAAAAACUCGCCGCGCAAACACUCCACCUGGGAAAGCAGCGAUGAUCUCGUCGAUUGCUGCACUGACCUUGAUGCAUUAUUCAUGUCACCAAGCGUGAAAUUUAAGCUUAAUUGGUCAGCAAAACCAUGCGACAAGAUGGUGGAACGACCGGUGGCAUACCCGACUUCUGAAACAAAAGAAAUCGCUGUGAAUAACAAUGCUAAUCAGGAAAAACUACAAAUCGUAUAUCAGUUUGUUUAUAACAAUAAUUCCAGGCAGCAGACUGAGGCUUGUGAGGAUUUACACUGUCCGUGGUGUAGUCUGAACUGCCAAGAAUUAUAUGUUCUACUCAAGCAUUUGAAACUUUGUCAUUCGAGAUUCACGUUUACUUAUGUGCCGAUAUCGGUUGGGGCGAGGAUUGAUGUCGCGAUCAAUGAGUUGUAUGACGGGUCAUACACAGGAAGUCCUCAUGAUUUGAUCAAUCAACCUUCAGUUUAUGCGUUCUCAAGAAACGGACCGGUGCGAAGAGCUUCAGUGACGCAUAUUUUAGUCUGUCAUCCGAAACGGUCCAAGCCUAGUUUAUCCGAGUUUCUAGAAUUAGAUGAUUGUGAAUACGAUGGCCAAAGACCGUUCAUCACCGGCCACAAUCGCCUCUAUCACCACACCGCGACGUGCCUCCCGAUCUACCCGAAAGAGAUGGAGAUUGACUCCGAAGGUGAGAAUGAUCCUGAAUGGCUGAGGAGUAAAACAAUGCAGAUGAUCGACGAGUUCACCGAUGUCAACGAAGGCGAAAAGGAGUUGAUGAAGAUGUGGAAUCUCCACGUGAUGAAAUAUGGCUUCGUUGGAGACUGUCAAAUUCCGUUGGCAUGCGCUAUGUUCGUCGAGCACAAAGGCAAAGAACUCCUGCUGAAGAAUCUCUAUCGAAAUUUCGUUGUACACAUGUGUUCACUGUUUGAUUUCGGAUUGGUAAGUGCGGUUUGCUUAUACAAUACACUUAAGAAGCUACAAGAAAUGGUUAGGGAAACGGCUGCUAUUAGAGCAGUGUUGAGAGAAUCCCGAGAAGCACAGAUGGAUAAUUGGCACAAGGCUGGUAUUACUUCGCCAAUAUUUAACCCGGAUAAGCCAGGCCCCAGCAAGACUCCUACAAACCGAAAAAAUAUUGGGAUUCAACGAAGGAAAGGAACACCUCAGCCUGCAACCGAACCGCCUUUAAGGAGAAAAAGUUUGAAUGCCGCCACUGAGAGCACCAAGAAGAGGCUCUCCUUAAAGCAACCGGAGAAGAAUGGAAAUUAGUUCUGUUGUUGAUUUUUACACGUUAAAGUGCCUCGAUAAUCAUUUUCUUUUGUAAAUUUGUGAUAGAUUCAUCGACUUUCAAGUAGGAUUUAUGAUUGUGUUUAAUUUCCAUUUCUAUGUUAGUUUGUAAAUAAUUUUUCGGUUCGAUUAAGCAAUUGUCGGAAAGACAAGAUGGCAUGAGGAUUCCACGUUUAGGCUAGUCUAGUCACCAAAAAGUGUGGCCCAAUAAGUUCUGCAAACAAUACUGCCAACAUGUAUUUCAUAGCUGAUUCGUUUCACUCUUUUUGUAAACGAUAGGGAAUUACGUAAUAUACAAUAUUUUGUAUGAAA